UUACCAAGGAUCACACAAGGGCACGUCCAUAAGGCAAGGAGCUGGAGACCAAGAAGAACAUCUGUCGACUUCUCAGAGUUCUUCUUAACAAGAUCAUCAUCCCAAGAGCAGAUACACUCAGGGAAAGACUGUCCAUUGAAUCUGUGAGUUCACUGCUCACACUUCUGUUUCUACUGUAUCUAUUUUGACUGUAUCGCUUUUUACUAAAUUCAUCUUUAAAACAUUCAUUUGAAACAUGUUUAUUUUUUGGGGUGCCAAUAUGGUACUUUUAAAUUUCCUUUGGGUCCUGGAAGAAGGCUGGUUGUAACCCAUGAACUCAUAGGAAUUAUAAGCCAUCUCUGAAGAAGGAAUCAGAGUGUGUUAAAGGGAAAAAUAAGUGGAAUAAAGACAUGGAGCUGCAGCAAGAGGAUGGAAUGGAUGAAGAAGAAAAAGAGAAGAAAACCAUGUCUCCAUCCCAAAGCAAAAUGAAGGACCGGCUAGUAGAACUUUUGGAGUUAACCAAGCACUAUGACCAGCAGUUCCCAGAAAAGGACGAUGACUUUGACUCACCUCACGAGGACAUCGUGUUUGAGACGGACCACAUCCUGGAAUCCUUGUACCGAGACAUCCAGGAGCUUCAGGAUGAAAACCAGCAGCUGUUUACUGACGUGAAGCGGCUGGGAAAGCAGAACGCCCGCUUCCUCACGUCCAUGCGGCGUCUCAGCAGCAUCAAGCGUGACACCAACUCGAUUGCCAAGGACAUCAAGGCCCGGGGUGAGAGCAUCCACCGCAAGCUGAGCGCCAUGAAGGCGCUGAGCGAGGAGGCGCAGGCAAAGCACGGUGAGCACUCGGCUGUGGCGCGCAUCGCGCAGGCGCAGUACAGCGCGCUCGCCCGCACCUUCCAGGCUGCCAUGCACGAGUACAACCAGGCCGAGAUGAAGCAGCGCGAAAACUGUAAGAUCCGCAUCCAGCGCCAGCUGGAGAUCAUGGGCAAGGAUGUCUCGAGCAACCAGAUAGAGGACAUGUUCGAACAAGGCAAAUGGGACGUGUUCUCCGAGAACCUGCUGGCUGAUGUGAAGGGCGCGCGGGCGGCCCUCAAUGAGAUCGAGAACCGCCACCGCGAGAUGCUGCGGCUGGAGAGCCGCAUCCGCGACCUGCAUGACCUCUUCCUGCAGAUGGCCAUGCUGGUGGAGCAGCAGGCUGACACCUUGGACGUCAUCGAGUUCAACGUGCAGAAGACCCUUGACUACACCGGCCAGGCCAAGGUGCAGGUGCGCAAGGCGGUGCAGUACAAAAAGAAGAAUCCCUGCCGGACCAUCUGCUGCUUCUGCUGCCCCUGCCUGAACUAGCAGGCCUGCAACACCUGAUCCCAGACCUGAAAGGGCUAGUAAGCACCCUGGGAAAGAUGUUGAGGCCAUUUGCACUGGGAUGAGUUGCUCUAAUGCCUAUGGACCUCGCUCUUUAGAGAAAGAAAACACUCAAGGUCCAAGAAUUCCAGCCCAGCUCGAACUUGGAAAGAGGGUACAUGUCACCCCAUUGUUUCUUCAGUAAGGACAGAUACCUCCUGAAAUUUUGUGAGAUCAUUAUAUGGCACAUAAACACCCUCGCCUCUUAACGGAAGCCAAAUGAGGAACUGACAUUGUAGUGUACUCUACGGUAAAUGUCCAAGGCACGUUUGCUCAUGAACCUCUAGGAGGAAGUCAAAUUGUGCAUCAGCCCAUUGUGUAAGGACUGGUUAUUAAAACUUCAAUUCAUUUACCCUGUCCUGAAAGUACCUUGGUUCUAUUCAUUUUCGAGUGAAAUUGACCUUGGGAAAAACUGCACAUCUUCCUUUUCUUACUCUUUAUCUGGUUUAUGCUAUGUGAUUCCCACAUGGAUGUGUAUCUUCUUUCUGCUCACCUCCUCUACUUGUUUAAAUCACAAGUAUCACUGUUUCCUCAACUCUUUAUAUUCUAUCAGAAUAUAUUUGGAGAUUUUUUUCCAAAUGUUUUUAAGCACUGAGUAUUGAACAAGCACUCAAAUUAAAGUUUGUAUGUCACAUUAUAUAUAUUUUUCAUAAAUAAAAAUAAUUUAAAAUUUCUUUUUACUUGAUUUUUACAAAUGCAUAUAUAUAUAAAUGUAAAGUACAAAUAUUUACUAAUGCAUGUACAUAAUACCAAUUGGUUUAACUUUACUUUUGUAAAUAUGGUAUAUAAAUAUCCAGGAAAAUAUUUUUACUGGUUAUUAGUGUUGAUUUGCUUGUUUCAUCUGCAUCUCAGUAGUCCAGUUUGGGUCAAAACUUGGUUUUGAACAUCUCUGUCUUGGUUAUGGUGAUAAAGACAGAUAAAAUUCUGAAAAUGCAUACAAAACUAGAGAUAAUAAAAAUGGUCUUAAAAGUAAUUACUUUUGUUUUACUGUGGCCCAUUCCUUUCAUGCAUUCAAAUGUGGUAAUUUAAAAUAAAAGAAUCCUGUUUUUCAAGUUAGUGGAAUAAACACAUUAUAAACAUCCUU